AAAAAAAAAAAAAAAAACAUGGACGCAAAGCCAGAAGAUAACUUCAAACUCAAUAUCACCCGCGAAUUGGAGCACACGCGGUAUGCAUGUUCGUCCCUCACGCGCCUAAGCGGAGGAACCGUCAAUUUCGUCUUCCGAGGACUGCUAUCCCGACCCCUUGAGGAUGGCACGAAAAGCGUCAUCAUCAAGCACUCAGAGGGUUAUGCAGCUGCGAAUCGGAACUUGGAACUGACUGCUGAGCGCUGUCUCUUUGAGGAGGCCAGCUUGAAGGCCCUCAAGGGGCUCCCCAGCACAGCGGUCAUGACGGGGCAGUCUGAAAAUCGAGCUAUCACAGUCAAGCCUCCUCGGCUCUUCACCUUCCAUCCCGACACCAACACCGCCGUCCUAGAGGAUCUCCCCGAUUCCCUGGAUUUGAAGACAUUCUGUAUAUCCUCCUCAGCUGCGUCGACUACCAUCUCCCAGGAAUGGGCCAUUUCGAUUGGCAAGGCGCUGGGCACCUGGCUGUGCGCGUUUCAUCGAUGGACCGACGAGAAGAACCAGGCGGCCGUGGUCGCAGAACUGGAAAAGAAUCACGCGAUGCGGAACUUGAAGCUCUCCGUCAACUACGGCAGUCUCGCGGCAAGAAUCGAUCAGUAUCCUGCUUUGCUGGGCGAAGCCCGCGAGGUGUUCGAGCAGGUGCGGCUAGCGGCGGCGGCUGAGGUGGAAAAGAAGGGUGAAGUCGAGUAUGGCAUCAUCCAUGGGGACUUUUGGUCGGGAAACAUUCUGGUUUCCCAGGCGGCACUAGAUCCGAGCCCUCAGACCUCUCUCUUCGUUGUGGAUUGGGAGCUCUGUCAUUUCGGCCCUCGGGCGUGGGAUCUGGGCCAGAUGCUUGCCGAAUUGUAUAUGCUGAAGCAUUUCAGAGGCAUCGAUGCUGGGCCGUGGAUGAUUGAAGGCUUUCUCGGCAAGUACCACGUGCCAAAUGAGGCAUUCGCCUUCUGGGUCCUGAUUCAUGUCGGUGUUCAUUGCAUCACAUUCGGUCCUAUGAUUCGGGGCUGGGGGACCCCGGAGCAGGUUGCGGACCUUAUCCACUUGGGCAGAGAUCUGAUUGUCAAGGCAUGGGAAAAGGACCGGGGGUGGUUCAGUGGGGUAUGGAAGCAUCUAUUCAAGGACUUGUAGAUAAGACAUGGUCUAGAGCUCUCUACCGUUCAGUUGGUACUACUAUCAAUAAGUCCUGAGCAUCGGUUGUAUCCCCUCAAUACCCUGCAGGGGACAGGAGGUCAUUGGUCCACGUCCACCCCCCCUUGCUGCUAGGUGUCGAUUGACGCCGUCCAGAGAAGCCAUCCACAUUCUCCGAUGUCAUGCCAUCUGGGAUAGGAUCGUGGUCUACUUUCGCGGUACCGCAGCUAGUAUCUUUGGCAAACAACGUGAUGGUGCGACCGUCCAAGCCUUGUGUGACCUUGUUCGAGUAUUGAGCCUGAAUCCCACCGGCAGUUUAUAAGUUAUUCAAUAUU